CAUUGUUUCGUCAGAUCGCUCAGUAGAAAGUGUAGGGUGAAGAUUUCAUUGCACUACACGUGUAAAGGGGCGGACUUUUGGCUUGAUGGACGUGCAAUGGCGCCAAUCACAGUCCGUGUGGUUUUUUUCCUUUUAGGUAAUGUUCAACAAGCAGAGUUCCAUUAGGGAAUGGGAACACACUUGAGCAAAGAGAAGUCACAGCGUUGUUCAAUAGAGGUCUAUAGGUAACACGCAGAGCUGUCACAGACACAACCUAUAGGGGACGCAGAGCUACUUGCCCUUCACGGCUUCUUCAAAAGACAAUGAGCCCUCAUAUGAUGGAACUAGACCCCUACCCACAGUUCCUUGACCCCAAGCAAGCGAUUAACCUCGCUCAGGACUGGGGUCAUGGAUAUCCGGCAGGAACUGUUCAUAUCGACCUGUUAAACAUCACCAGCUCAUCCUCAUCUUUUGAAGUGCGAACAUUCGACCCUGAGGGGGUGCUACUUUUUGGUGAUUCAAGGGGAGGUCAUGACUGGUUUCUGCUGGGAUUAAGGGGCGGACGCCCAGAAAUUCAUAUUCAUAACCAGAUGGCGAAAGUGUCUGUGAGUGGGGGUCCAACAGUAAAUGAUGGAGAAUGGCACAAGAUCGUGGUGCGCAGUCAGGAACACCGCAUUGUCUUAGAGGUUGAUGACCAAGAAUCCUUGCGUAUUGGUCACGUAUCAGAGGGGGUCACCUCAAGUCUGGACACCACUAUGAGAAUUGCAGUGGGAGGAAUUUUAACCAAUAGCUCAGAGCUCAUGGAACCGUUACACAUUCCUUUGGACGCCUGUGUACGGAGCUGGGUCUUCCUUAGUGUCACUCCAAAAUGGCUCCUGGACCCCAUCUUUCUUCCUCACUCCAAGCGAUGUUUUGCCUCACACCGCAAAGGAAGUUACUUCCCGGGAUCUGGAAAUGUGGCCUACAGAACCUCAGACUUGCCUACAGCAUCAGCCCAGACAGGAGAACCAUGGACUCUGUCUCUCCAGAUGGAUUUGCAUUUAGAGAGUCUCUCAUUCUCACUCCUGAGCGUCUCACACCCAGAGACUGGAACGAUUCUCCUCCUUUGGGGACAAGACAAGAACCUGUUUGUAGAACUGGGGAAUGAUACAGUUGUGACCCAGGCACUGGCUGAUGUGGGGGGCAGUGAUGGGUACAAGUUCCACCUGAGCAUCACCCCGAAAUCUGUUACACUGCAAUGUGGGAAUGAGAAGGAGAUCGCUGACAUAUCGGAGGGACAUUAUUCAGCUCUGAAACAUUCCUGGACGGACAAGGAGGGGAUCGUUUAUAUUGGAGGGGCACCCACAUCACAAGAGGAAUCCCCGGGGCAUUUCCGUGGGUGUCUUGAGAACAUCAGGAUCCAGGGACGUCUCAUGGACUUGGACUCUGCCUGGUACAAGAGUAACAGUGUCUGGUCCCACAGCUGCCCCCCCAAACUGCUGCCAAUCACCCGCCCCUCCUCCUAAAUAUAUUCAUUCUCCCACCCAAUCAGCUGCCAGCAAUGCAAUGGAUAUUCCGCUACUUCCCCUGGGAAUGACUUUCCAUAGGGAUCUUCUCCCCGUGUCUCCUCCCAUCUCUGUGUGACAGCCAAUAGGGGGCCAGGCCAAUAUGUCUCCAGUCACCCAAUGCCCGCGGGCCCCAUGAGUGAAUAAAGUGCAGAGAUUUUC